CCAGGCAGAGUUAGUAAAAUAUGAAUUUAAAUAUCUUGUUUGCAUUCAUUACAAACCCAUUUAAAACUGGCUGGCUGAGAUCAGGGCAGGACUAGUCUGAAGGUGGACUGACACUUGUCCCCUUGCUGCCUCUGGAAGAGGUACCUGUGGAUUGUCUGGGUCAUGGACAGGUGAAAGGCUACCUUGAAUUGCCUCCCUCCCUCCCACCCUCCCAUUUCCAGAUUCCAGUUCAACCUCCUUUUAUGAAUGAAUCUGUCUACAUUAGAUUAGCUUGAUGUCAAUUUUGCUUUCUGAAUGGUAGAGGUUACAAUGGCUGAAGAAAAAACAUUUCGCUAUGGACUUAUUGUCCUGGGAUUCUUUUUGGUCAUGAUCGGCAUGUUCAUAAUGAGUGUGGAGAAACCCCAAAUCUAUAUUACCUUCUGCACCCUGGGAGUUUUGGUCAUUGCUGUGGGCAUCAUAUGGAGCAUGUGCCAGUGUUAUCCAAAGAUCAGAGUUGUUUCCAUUGACUCGGAGUCCGAGAAGUUUCUUAUAAAGAACUCUGAGUCUGAAAAGUUCCUUGUGAAGAAGUUGGCUGCCUCAUCAUCAAUUGAAAAUAAGAUUCCUGAGAAGAAAAGUUUGCAAACGCAAUACACAAGCCAGAAAGAAGCUGACAUAUAUGAGAAAAGCCUGCCGACUUAUGAACAGAUCCAGACAAACAGUUCUGCAGAAUGCGUGGGAACUUUGCCGGUCCCAGUGCCACUGGUCAGGACAGGAAGACAUCUCCAACCUUAUGUACAUGCCAAAGCAGAGGUACACAGGGCCUCAGAGAGUAAUGGGAGCCCUAACAGAGAUGCCACAAUAGGACUGAACUGCCCAUCUAAGAGGUUUCCAAAGGCUGCACCAUUAGCAUCUCUUCAAGAGGAAGUGGAUACUUCUUCCCUGGACUCCACUUCCAACAGCCCAUUUUUACAGAGAUGGAAAGAUGCCCCAAAUCCCGUGCCUCUAACAGGAAGCCAGCUCCAAUUCAAACUUCCUUCUUAUGAAGAUUUUGCCUUGAUUGAUUCCCUGGCAGUAGAAGGUCAGGGGCAAAGCAAUGAAAAUACCGUGGCCCCAAGCCAGAGCCAUUGCUCUCUUCCUCCUACAGCAGGGGAUGGCAUUGUGGCAACAGCAGGUCAUGGUCGUCUGGAAUGCAGCAGCGCCUUACAGCAGGCAGAAGAGGAUGAUUUAUACUAUGGGAUCCAAGAGGAUCCAACGGACACCUUUCCUUCUGUGGUUGCUGUUGCUGAACCAAAGCCAUAA